CAAGGACAAAGGAGUUCCCCUCACCAACACACCCUCUCAGACCAACUCUUUGUGCCUCCUCUUUUACUGUGUCCAAACCGCAAUCACUCAAUCUACUACCAACUAAAAUUACCAUCAUGGAGCCAGAGACAGUAGCCACCUCCUUUGAGAAAGAUGCUUGCAAGACAAAGGACAAUGCCCCCAAGGGCAAGACUCGAAGUAGUUCUCUUCUAACAAUCAGCUCGGGCUUCACCUUCCUCGCUGCCCUUCCUGGAGGAUCAAACUCUUCGUCGUCUUUCAGAUCAUCAUCUUUUCGAUAAAUACCCAACACCAACUUUUGUUUCGUUCGAUCUGCCUUUCAUUUACACACUCUUUUGUUUAAUUGUUUAUCAUCGCUUACACUCUGCUGGAUCAGCUGUUUCUUCCUCCAUUCCUUCUCAACGUUUUAACUCAACACGUUUCUGUUCUUUGUUGUACUGCAAACAGAAUGCGGGAGCUCAGGUCAUAUAGUCCCGUACGCCGCAGUCUUGACUUUGCGUCAUUUUGCUCAGACUUGGAAUUACCAAGCAAUUUUUACGAAUAUCACUUCAGACGUCUUGGUGCUGAGAUCUGUACCAUUGUGUUAUCAGCAUUCUCCCCCAAACAGGAACACCAGGCUCCUCGGACGUCUCCGUGGUUAAGAGACUAUCCGGAAGAAUUCAUCAGACAUGUUGAGCUUGUAGCUCAUAUGGACGCACGUGCAGGAAAAUGGGAGAGACUUCUUCGUGAUAGUGGAGAGAGGACGAACCUCCUUCAAGCUAUCAUUUUCAAGGCUCUCGACAAUCGAGUGUUUUCACGGCUGCUAUUCGGAGCCGGAUCCAAGCAUGAUGAGACGUUGCAUAAUUCCGAUGUUGCGCUCAUCAAUGCAGAAGGUUUCCAACGUAGCGAACUCCGAGCCCAUACCAAUAGAGCUUGGCUUAAAAUGAGCAGAGGGGAGCCCGACUUGUUUUGGAGAGAGGUCGACAAGCUAACCACGGAGGUUUACCUUCUGCUGCUCCAUGUCUACGAGUUCACGGCCAGUUUUGACGGUUAUGAACCCAUUUCCAGAACAGAGUUAUAUCAGCUACUGCAUGACGUGAUUUCAUACGCAGGUUGGCUCAGUGUAGGACUUCGCAUGUCAUCAGCCAUCGUCUCGAUCAACUGGCUCAUACCUGGUGAGCUGCACGCACUGGACCAAGUGAGUACCUGUCAACCGGCGUACGAAGCUUCAAAGGAAGCAGCUCAGCGGCAAGGCAUGCGGUUACAAGAGCAGAGACCUGAAAGAAAGCAAAUAAGCUCCAUGGCUAGAGUCAAGAUAUCGGUCAUUCCAGAGAUCAUUCGAUACCGGCCAUAUCCAAAGGAAGCGAAUGUCGAGGGCAUUGACUCUUACAGAAUGAUGGAGCCACAUGCGGUGCAUUACCAUGGAUUACAAGAAGAGCAUGAUGAGAACAGGGCUUUCAUUAGCUUGCCAGACUACAUCAAGAAGCUGCGGGAUAGAAAUUGCGCACCACGCAACGCUGCCCUGGUCAUAAUGGUCACUAUAUUGAUAUGCUUGUGGGUUCUUUAUACCACCUCGGGGCAACAAACCUGGCAGGAAGCCAAAGGAUGGGUGAAUCCGGAGCCUGGGCCUGAGCCUGAGAAAUCAUGGUGGAGCCUAACAUGGUAGUGUAUCUACCUGAUAUUUGUGGUCGUGGUUAGUUGGGAGUCGUCAUGUUUAUUGCCGCAAUUGGAUCUUGGAGUUUAUAAAGGUUACAUCGGAACAUUACAAUGCGAGGCUAUUUAAUUUUCUAUUGGCAAUUUUGAGAGGAACGCAAUUCAUCACAACC